AUGGAGGGCAAGAAUUGCUUUGCCAUAGCGAGCGAUUGGCGACUCGGCGUCCAGCUUCAAGCAAUCGCUACUGAUUUUCAGAGAAUCUACAAAGUCCCCGACAGGCGCUUUCUUGGUAUCAGUGGUACCAGUUGCAAGAAGAGAGGGACAUGGAGCCUCCUUUAUGAGAAAAGUUUGUCUGGUCCCUAUUUCUGCCAGCCUGAAAUUGCAGGAUUGAGUGAUGAAGACAAGCCAUUCAUUUGCACAAUGAAAAUGGAUACAAUUGGAGCCAAGAAUGCCAAUGAAUUAUACUUACUGACUGUUGGUGGACACAAGCUUGUUUUAUUGACAUCAUUGUUUAAUUCAGCAAAAGUCUUUGUUGUUGCUGGCACAGCUUCAGAGUCACUUUAUGGUGCCUGUGAAGCCAUGUUCAAGCCUGACAUGCGUUACUUUGUGUCAAAUAGCGGAAAGCAUGAUUAA